AUGAAUGAUUCCGAAACAGUGAGCAAGUCGCAAACAGCAAGCUCCGAAACAGCUGUGGAAGUGCAAGAAACAACGAGUCAGAAGGAAUGUUGUUCUUGGCAUCGGUUUGACGGAGUUCGAAAAGCACAGGGAUAUGCAUUCGCGGGUUUAGGAAACGGUUCCAUUGCCAUAUCAAACGUCUUCUUAUCAACUUCCUUCAUCUAUCUGGCUUCCAAAGAAGUUGGCUGCAUCGACGAGAACGGAAGACUCACUCCUUGCGACAUUCGUGUGCACGGAUUCUAUCCUACCACCUUGGUGACCAAUGUAGCCGUCUUUGCUGGAUUGUUAUGUGCCUUUGCGUUACCUGUGAUUGGUGCCAUAAUUGAUUACACCAGUCAUCGCCGAUUGGUGGGUCGAAUUGUGGGCUUUUUGAUAUGGUUGAUACAGACCAUUCAGAUUUUCACACUGGAGAAUACUUGGUUCCCCAUGAUUAUUUUGCAAGCCAUUGUGGUGGCCCUCUUUGAAAUCCACUAUUGUCUCAUGGUCAGCUAUCUUCCGGACAUUGCCCGGUACGAAGUGAGCCACGAUACCAUGACCCGCUUCAAUCGUAUUUUCUUUUGCCUUCAGUAUUGCGGUCAAGUGACAUCCUUAUUGGCCGUCUUGGUGGUCAGCUUUGUCCUCAAGUUCAACAGCAUUGAAUCUGCUCACCUUGGACAGUCCAUAAGCUCUAUCAUACUGCUAAUUUGCUAUACGACCGCUUGGAGACGACUGCCCAAGGUGCAAGGUCCUCACAAGCUACCAGAAGGAAAGUCAUUGUUGUUGCAAGGCUUUCGACAUAAUUUCAAGACUGUCCAACUAUUGCUGAAAAGUCCCAACCGAACUUUGAAGUGGUUCUUCUUGACCGUGAUGAUUUCGGAAGCGGGAGGAACCUCCUUGUUACCAGUGGUCGUGUCCUUUUAUUCGCGAGUCCUACGGUACAACUCGAUCGAUGUCGGACUGACCUUUUUUGUAGCGGUUCUCAUGGCAAUUCCAGGAGCCAUUGUGAAUGCCUACUUUUGUCGCCGACACAACCCCAAGAUCUCGCUCCGGGUUAACUUUGUCUUUACAUUCUCCAUCACCAUGGUUGCUCCCUUUGUCCUCACGGCUGAGAACCCACCAUGGCUAGGAUAUGUUUGGGGCGUGCUCUGGGGUUUCUCGUUGGGAUGGAUGUAUUCCGGAGAACAGUUGUUCUACACGCUUUGCAUGCCCGAAUCCCAAGAAACCGAAUUUGCUGGGUUCUUUGUCUACUGCACCGUCAUUCUGACAUGGCUACCAUCACUGAUUUACUCCACCAUUGUCGAAAAGGGAUACAAGGAACAAUACGGACUAGGUUCACUUUGCGCCUUGCAGCUUAUUGCCAUGGGAACCAUUGCCAUGGUACCAAACUGGGACGAAGUCAUUGAAGGCUCGAAAAUGAAACUCUUGGCUCCUCCAGAACCUGCCGUAGAACUGCCUACUACCACGACGGUGGCGGCAGCGGCGGAGGGAAUAAGCUCGGAAAAUACGCAAGACUUGGGAGGGGAACGAUCCGAUUCAUCUGAUGUUGAAAUCAAGUCGGCAUGA